AUGCUGCGCUCAUCUCUCUCGCCCUCUCUCAUCAUCGCCGCGGCGCUGCUGCGCACAAGCGCUCUGCCGCUUCCGACGCCGGCCCAGCGUCAGACGUCAGGCGCAUACUGCGACAACAAUGCCGCAGACCUCGCGAUGGUGAUUGAGGAGGGCAGAGAUCGGUUCGAGUCCGAGAUGACAGCGGUCUCGCUCCGCUGCGUUGGGUUUCGGUCCUGCGUCUCGCACGCCUUCGAGAAAGACCCCGGCUACUCUCCGAGCUGCGCCAAGUGUUUUGGCGACAUGGGCCAAUGCGCACGCGACCGAUGUUGGACCAAGUGUAUCUUCGGUCGCAGCCCGAAAUGCGAGAAGUGCUCGAUUGAGAAAUGCACGGGCGCCUUUCUCGCCUGUGUUGGCCCCGAGUCGGCGGAGGUGAUGAUUUCGGACGACGUCCGGGAGCAGCUAGGCUUUGGCGGCGAUGCCAUGGACGGCGAAACGGAAUCGGACGUCGCCAAGCCGCUCUUCACUGGCGAGUACGAGGCUGUGUCGCGUCAGUUCUUCGGCGCCUCGGAGCGAGGAGGGGAGAGCAGCUGCGCCAACGAGGCCGACCUGGCCGCAAUCGAGGAUUUGGGCAUGCAGGGCUUUGAGUCGACCAUGGAGAAGAUCUCGCUGCAGUGCGUCGGGCAGGGCGGGUGCGUGGCGGCCAAGUUUGAGAAGGAGACGGGCUACUCUCCCGACUGCGCCGGCUGCUUUGGCACAAUGGCGCAGUGCUCGCGGGACAAGUGUUGGUCAAAGUGCAUGUGGGGUCGCAGCAAGAAGUGCGAGGACUGCUCCACCACCAAGUGCACGCCGGCCUUCGAGAGCUGCGUCGGAGCACAGGCGGCCGCUGUCAUGAUGCCGAUGGAGCGAGAGGCGGGCGGACUCCCCGCGGCGGCGGCCCUCGACGCUGCGAUGGACCAGUAUGUCGCCCCGCUCGUCGGCGCUCCGUUGGCGGAGUUAGCCAGCUGUCUCUGCGCGCCGACGAAGCGGGAGGCGCUCCGCCGCGACGGUGGUUGGAUCGAGACGGAGAGUGAAGAGGGCUCGACCGCAGAGCGGCUGGCCCAGUUCGGUUUCAAGAAGUUGCAGCAGCUCGUCUGCAUCGCACUGCUCUCGCGACGCCGCCGCUCGCUCGCCUGGCUGCCGAGCUUUGACGAGAUCCACGGGCAUUUGCAGAAACUCCUCCCCUCGACGACCCGCGAUUUGGACGACUCGGCCGCCGAGGACGGGUGCGAGGCCCUCAAAGAGGCGUCUUUCGAGGGUGUCUCCUCCGCGAGGCUGCAGCUCGAGGCUGGGAUCCACUGGGAGGCGCUGGUAAAGCUCUCGGGCCUUGCGGAGGGAGAGGAGGGUACUCUUGCGAUGCGAUUUUGGGAGCCUCCGUGGGCCAAUCGCGUCGGGCAGCUCGACAUGACGCAGGCGACCCUCUCGACGCCGGGCGCUAAGCGCGACCUCAUCUCCUCGCCAGUGGCGCUGAGCGCGAAGCAUUUCCUCGAGUUUAUGGUCUCGUUCAAACGCGAGCACGAGCAGUCCUUCCACGACACCGCUGAGCUGAUGCUACUGCGCGGACGCAGGCAAUGA